AUGGAACCUCUCAUGAAUUACAUCAAUACACAAAAUGUCAAGCAGCUGCUCGUCACGAAUCCAGAGGCAGCGGCCCUGGUGGGGAAGCUCUAUCAUGUGCCUGUCGGAGGCAUCGAGGUAGAAAGACGGAUCAAACACCAGAAAGACGGUAGCACUUCACCCUACACGGUCCUGAGCUUCUGUCUUCAGGACACCAACUUUCUUCCAAGUCAGCUGAGCGCCCAGGAAUUGAGAGACCGUUAUGCGUCCACAGGUUUGCUGGCAGAGCAAGAUCAAGCAGGCCGAACACGAGUAUGCAGCACCGCAGAUGCAGUCCCGCCGCGUCGAGACGAUCAAAGAAGCAAUAGCAAGGAGCUGGAGAAGUUCAAGAGAGAAAUGGAAGACAAAGCCAGCGUAGCACUCCAAGCCAAAAUCGAGAAGUACAAGAGCGAUGAACUAGAAAAUUUCAAGAGAGAACUUGAGGCCAAGGGAAAUGAAGCUCUGCAAGAACAGCUGAGAAAACACCAGCAAGACCUUGCCGAGCUCGUCGUGAAAUGCAGGGGGAGACUUUGGAGUAUGGUCGAUAAGAGCCUGACUACUGUCGCCGCCUAUAAUGGCGAGACCACCAGUGGGUCGAAACCAACCUGUAACCUCCAUCUUGGCCCAAAAGCAGUCACGAAACUCUUGAGCAAAAGCCCAGAAAUAUUUCAAGAAUACCAGGACAUCUAUGAGAAAUCGCUGAUCAAAUACCAAGCCGACUUGAAAAGGCAGUACCAGAAACACAUCGAGGAUGUGGAUUUCGAAUGCCGAGGUUGGUUAAGACAAAACGCCGGCGCUGGACUGGCUAUCACUGUUCUUGACGGCCUCCGCACCACCAUCGCGUGGGCAAAGAAGUUUCAAGGUGAUAUCCCGAGAGUCAAGAAGGAUGUUGGUGACAUGAUUACGUGGGAUAUGUUGCAUGCCGAGAAGGAGGAAAUGGCAAAGAACGUAGAGGCAGCGGCAGCAAAGGACUUGGAGGAGAACAUGGCUUCGUAUCUGCCCAAGAAGAUACAGCUCAAUGUGCAGCAGCUCGAGCCAUCGGUCGACGACGAUAUUUCUGAAUCCAGAGGACAGAGCGAGAUGGUAGAAGAUCAGACCUUUGUCGGAGUCUCGGCUGCUCUGUUGUCCAUGGAUAAGACUCUACCAGCCCAAGUUACUCCUGCUCCGUCAGCAUCUGCCACGCAGCAUACGCUUCUCAGCAAAGGUACCGACGCAGCAACCACAACAUCCAUCCCAGGUCCUGAAACUCAAGCUUUAGAUUCGCCUUCUAUGGAAGAUGUUCUUGUCAGCAACAAGCCUCAGUCUCACCAGCCAGCUCCCCCAGACCCCGAAUGCCUUCAUCCUUCACCAGCCGUCACCGCCCCAUACGUCCAGAACAUCGGCAACGAACUCGCAUGGAGCGAUGGAGCCACCAGAAACUUCACGCCAAUCAGCACGCCCAACAAUGCAGAUGGGCCCAGCAGAAGUCUGAGAGCGAUUUACCCCCUUUCAGCCAUCAGUACCCUCACCAACAUUACCACGGAGAAAGACAGGAACAAGGCAAUUGCAAGCAUCAAUUCGACCGCUGAAGUACAUCGUUUCAAAGCAGCAGCGACCACUCGUCGUACCACCCCGACACCGAAUUGCAACAGGAUCACGAAUAUUGGGGACUUGAGAGCUGCUUUCGACAAAUCGAGCCCGACAGAUCCUGACAGCUUCUCAGAUCAGGUUAUUGAGAUACCAGGACUCGGUGUUGUAAACGAACAUACAUUUGAGAACCCGGCUCAGAGAAAGACAGCCGUGGAAGGACAGGGCAACUACACCGCGACAUUCACGGCUGUGGCGGGCCCAAGCGGGCAAAACCCAGCCGCAGGAUCGGGAAACCCACGUCAGAGUCAGACAGAGGCAAACGGAUUCGGAGGACAGGGCACUCACAUCCCCGAACGCAACGCCAGCACCGAAAACCCGGCCGAUGCAUUAUCAGCCUCUUCUUCCGGCCAGACCAAGACGGCGAGCUUCAGCCUGCCACCACCUCACAGCGUCUCAGCAGCACCAAAAGAAUCUACAGACCCAAACACCUACCAAGACGAGUCCCUGUACGAUGCUCCCUCUCCCUCUCCCCGUCACCGUCCCCGUCCAAAUACCGCCGCUUCCAACCUCGCACCCCGCAACGACGUCGCCGGCCAGCUAUGCCCACCAAGCCCACGGCUCAAGUCCGACCCUGACUCUGCACCCUACGAACCCGCACCCGCCGCCGAGCUCCUCCGCACCAGAGAGUGCGACUCCGCACCUGCUGCGGCCCCAGGCCCGCAUGGAUACCAUCUACUCAAUCAAGCACAACAAAAGCUGCAAGGCGACGACAAAAGCCAAGAGCUGAACAAACACUCCAAGCCCCACCAGCCCGAGCCCAGCGGCGCCAUCUCCAUCUCCAGCGAUUCCGACCUAGGCGAUGAAGACCACGCGAUAUUCAUCUCGAGCUCGUGCUCUGGUGACGAGCAAGACGAAGAUGAAGAAGAUGACGAAGAUGACGAAGAGGAUGAUAAUGAGGAUGAUGAUGAGGAUGAUGAUGAGGAUGAUGAUGAGGAUGAUGAUGAGGAUGAUGAUGAGGAUGAUGAUGAGGAUGAUGAUGAGGGCGAGGAUGAGGAUGAUGAUGAGGAUGAACAUCUUCACAACGGCGGAGAAGGCACCAACAAUUGGGGGCGCGAGGAGGUGCUGAGCGUGAGACAGCAGGAGGUAUUCAUGCAGCGUUUCAAGGGCCAGACCGUGACGGAGAUCAUGGCGGUGCUGGAGCGGGAGGAGGCGGAGAAGGAGGCGGAGAAGGAGAAGAGGGAGAAGAGGGAGGAGCCUCCUUUUGCCGUUGAGCGCGAGCUGGCUGGAGAUGAUGGAGUUGCUCCCGAGAGCCGCCAGGUUCAGAGUGCGGAUGUCAAGAUGGAGGGCGUGGAGAUGGAUGCCCGUGGGGAGGGAAGACAGGUGGACGGCACCACCACUACUAGCCAAGCGAAAUUCUCCGUCGUGGGCUGGAGGUGGAACUAG